AUUAUUAUUAUUAUUAUUAUAAACCUACAUUUACGGUAUAAAGUGUUUAUUCUCUCUCAGAAACGCGCUCAUUUAUUCCGCUUUACUGUGUUGGUUUACGGUUCGUGUUUCUGUUCGAAGUUCUCCUCGCUCCGUUAGCAUGCUAGGCUAAUUAGCCGCUUAGCUCAGUUUUAUUUGGAUUAAAUUCAUGAUAAAUGAAGCGACUUUGAUGUAAUAAAGAUGAAGAACAGGAGCGGAGGAGCUACAGACCAGCGGCUCAAACACCGAGUCCAACAGUACCUGAAGUCCAGUAACAGUCAGUACGUGGAUAUUUCAGCCGUGGCUGCGGAUCUUCAGCGGCUCUACAGGAUCGAUUACGGCCGGCGGAAUAAAACCGCCUUCAGGAUCCAGGUGGAGAAAGUGUACGACGUGAUACACACCGAGUCUGGACUCUCGCCGCCGGAGGAGGAACACUCGGCUAAGAGGGCGCGGCGUAGCCAGGAGGAUUCUGGGGAGGACGGCGGCGCCCCGAGCGACAGCACCGACAGCGAGGAGGACGAGGACGAGGACUCCACCGAACGCGAGCAGAGCACCGAUCACAUGAACGGCUCCCUGAAGUCGCUCUACUCCAGGGGGAACCCGGCGGCCCCGGAGGACGGGGCCCCGCGGAGAGGGCCCCGCCCCGCCCCCGCUACAGGGGCGUCGCCGCCGCCGCCGGGCGGGUGGUUCAUCGAUACGAGCGGGAGCAGAGAUCGGGAGGAGGGCGGACUGAUCGAUCUGUGUGGCGAGGCGCCAGCCAGCACCGCCAGGGCAGACAAGGAGUCGAAUCCGCCGGCGCCGGAGCCCGAACACAAGCCCAGGAGGAGCAGGAAGAAAGAGAAGAGAAGAAGAGACGCGGAGGGCAAAGACGGCGACGCCGAGGCGGCGGCUAAAAAAGGUCGGAUCAAGACCCCCGAGCUUCAGCGCUCCAGCGUCAAGUUCGAAGACGUGGGCGGCAACGAGGAGACUCUGACGGAGCUGUGCAAGCUGCUGAUCCACCUGCGCCACCCCGAGGUGUACCAGCAGCUGGGGGUGGUGCCGCCCCGGGGCUUCCUUCUCCACGGGCCGCCCGGCUGUGGCAAGACGCUCCUGGCUCAGGCCGUCGCCGGGGAGAUGGACCUGCCCAUGCUGAAGGUCUCGGCCCCGGAGCUGGUCUCGGGCAUCUCGGGGGAGUCGGAGCAGAAGCUGCGCGAGCUGUUCGAGCAGGCCGUGAGCAGCGCCCCCUGCAUCAUGUUCAUAGACGAGAUCGACGCCAUCACGCCCAAGCGAGAGGUGGCAUCCAAGGACAUGGAGCGGCGGAUGGUCGCCCAGCUGCUCACCUGCAUGGACGAUCUGAACUCCCUCUCCGUCCCGGCGCAGGUCCUGGUGAUCGGAGCUACCAACCGCCCGGACUCUCUAGACCCGGCUCUGAGGAGGGCGGGGCGCUUCGACCGGGAGAUCUGUCUGGGAAUCCCCGACGAGGGAGCGCGACUCAGGAUCCUCCAGACUCUCUGUCGCAGGCUGAAGCUCCCGGCGGAGUUCGACUUCCUGAAACUGGCGCGCCUCACCCCGGGCUACGUGGGCGCGGACCUGAUGGCGCUGUGCCGCGAGGCCGCCAUGAGCGCCGUGAACAGGGUGCUGCUGCGGCGGACGGGCACGCCGAGCGACGCCGGGGGAGCGGAGGGGGGCGUGGCGGAGGCUUCGGACGCUUCGACGGGCCAGCAGGGGGAGCUGGAGCGGCUGCUCUGCCUGCUGAGGACCAGCGAGUCUCUGAGCGAGGACCAGCUCGCCGGGCUCUGCGUCCUCAUGGACGACUUCCGGGCGGCGCUGGGCAGCGUCCAGCCCUCGGCCAAGCGCGAGGGGUUCGCCACCGUGCCCGACGUCACCUGGGAGGACGUGGGCGCCCUGCAGGACAUCCGGGACGAGCUGGCCAUGGCCAUCCUGGCGCCCGUCCGGAGCCCGGAGCAGUUCAGGGCGCUGGGUCUGAACGCCCCCGCCGGAGUGCUGCUAGCCGGACCCCCGGGGUGUGGAAAGACCCUGCUCGCGAAAGCCGUCGCCAACGAGUCGGGAUUGAACUUCAUAUCCGUCAAGGGACCCGAGCUGCUGAACAUGUACGUGGGCGAGAGCGAGCGGGCCGUCCGCCAGGUGUUCCAGAGGGGGCGCAACUCCGCGCCGUGCGUCAUCUUCUUCGACGAGGUCGACGCCCUCUGCCCCCGGCGCUCCGGCCACGAGUCCGGUGCCAGCGUGCGGGUGGUGAACCAGCUGCUGACGGAGAUGGACGGCCUGGAGUCGCGCCGGCAGGUCUUCAUCAUGGCCGCCACCAACCGGCCCGACAUCAUCGAUCCCGCCGUGCUCCGCCCGGGCCGCCUGGAUAGGACCCUGUACGUGGGGUUACCUCCCCCAGAGGACAGACACGCCAUACUGCUAACCAUCACAAAGGGGGGCACCAGACCCGCUCUGGCGCCCGACGUGAGCCUGGCGGAGAUCGCCCACGACGACCGGUGCGAGUGUUUCACGGGCGCGGACCUGUCGGCGCUGGUCCGAGAGGCCUCGGUUAACGCCCUACGAGCCCGUCUGUGCUCCCGGACCGGCGGCGGACCCUCAGGUAACAACAACACCUCCACCUCCGCCCCCCCCACAGACCCGCCCGUCACCGCCCCCCCCGGUCCCGCCCAGGACGUACGGGUCAGCAGGCAGAACUUCGAAGACGCCUUCAAGAAGGUGCGGCCGUCCGUCUCCAAAAAGGACCAGGCGAUGUACGAGAAGCUGAGAGAAUCCCUGAGCAGAUGAAGACCUCGCGUCCCUUCCCGCGUCUAGGACCCACCAAAUAAAACGUGAACGUGAUCAAACUCGA